AACAAGAAAAAAUGUGAAACAUAAAGUAACUAAAGAUAUUCCUUGAAUUGGAUCGGGCCAGUAAUCAGUGUGGAGUCUGCUGUGCGGGUCGUGAAAUUACGAAUAUUUCAUUAAUUGUUUUAGAUGCCAGCAGUUUUGAAAUAAAAAGCAGAAUGCCGUGGAAAUACUUCUUAUUAAAAAAGAAGGUGCCGGUUGAUAUGGGCGGCAACACGGAGGAAAGCAGCUUUUCGACGGCGGACGAGGGCGACACUAGCGACGCUGGCGGCAGCGACAGGAAGCAGCAGCAGCAGCAGCUGCAGCAGACGCCCGAGAAGCAGUCGCCACAACCGCGCGAUUCGGAGACAUCGCCUACCGCCGCCUCUACGCCCGGCGACACCUCGCCAACGGCCACCCCCGGGGGCGGGUCCGCGCAGCGACCUUCCACUCCCAAGAACGACAAGGAGGAGGAGGCUGAACAGGACUCCGAGCAGGAUGAUCCAACUGGUUUGGAAGGAGCAGCCUUCCACAGUCGACUGCCGUUCGAUAAGAUGACAGCGACUGAGGCGUCCUGCUUUCCGGAUGUGUCUCAGGGAGCGCCGCAAACUCAAAAGGUUUUCCUCCACAUUAGAAACAGACUGCUGCAGCUAUGGCUAGACAAUCCGAAACAAGAGCUGCUGCUGGAGAAUGCGAUGCCUCUGAUUGAGCCGCCUUUCAACAGCGAUGCUCCCCUCGUGGCUCGGGUGCAUUCCUUCCUACAGCGAUACGGAUUCAUCAACUUUGGCAUAUUCAAGCGUCUCAAGCCGAUACCGACAGGUGGCGACAGAGGCACGGUGAUUGUGAUAGGAGCGGGCAUCGCUGGGCUGGCGGCUGCUCAGCAAUUGCAACAAUUCGGCAUGAAGGUUGUUGUCCUCGAAGCAAGGGAUAGAGUUGGAGGACGCAUAGCAACUUUCCGCAAGUCGAACUACAUCGCCGACUUGGGCGCGAUGGUGGUGACAGGGUUGGGGGGAAACCCCAUCACAGUCCUCUCCAAGCAGAUCAACAUGGAGCUGCACAAGAUACGACAGAAGUGUCCUCUGUUCGAGUCCAAUGGUGGAACGGUUCCGAAGGAUAAGGAUGAAAUGGUGGAGCGCGAAUUCAACCGUCUUUUGGAAGCCACCAGCUACCUGUCUCAUUCGCUCGAUUUCAACUAUGCAGGAGGCAAGCCUGUCUCGCUCGGCCAAGCCCUUGAAUGGGUCAUCAAGUUGCAGGAGAAGAACGUGAAAGAGAAACAGGUGACGCACUGGAAAGCAGUCAUAGGAUUGCAGGAGCGUCUCAAAACUAAUCAGAACAGAAUGCUUGCUGUAAAAGAAGAAAUUGAAGAUCUCAAUAAGCAGUACAAAGAAUUUUCUGAGAACAAGGGCUCCAGAGACAUUACUCAAGAAUUUCUGAUUCGCUCGAAAUUGCGUGAUCUCAAUUCAGCAUGCAAGGAGUAUGACCAACUCGUGGAGCAGCAAAAAGAAAUUGAAGAAAAACUGCAUGAACUGGAAGCUUCACCACCUAGUGACGUGUACCUGUCAUCUCGCGAUCGUCAAAUUCUGGACUGGCACUUCGCCAACUUGGAAUUCGCCAACGCCACCCCGCUGAGCACGCUCUCCCUCAAGCACUGGGACCAGGACGACGACUUUGAGUUCACCGGAUCACAUUUAACAGGUAAAAAUGAAAUCAACUAUUCCUAUGACAUGGGCAACCAUAGUUGGCAACCUUUCGAUAUACUAAGCUCCUCUACAUCACACCUUUUUUAACUUCUUUACUAACUU